AUGCCCUCCGCGAUACGCAUGUUGGACAAGCACUUCCGACCGAGUUCCUGGCGGGUCCUCGUCAUUCUCUACGGCGCGCCGAGUCUGGUGAUCGCCUGCGCCUCGGGGCUUCUACCUCCGAGUCCUCGACACUCGCUGUACCGUCGGAGACCGAGACAAGCGUUCACGGUGCUGCGACAGAUGUACGCCAUCAAUAAUUCGAAACACGCCGAUACCUACCCGCCCAGAAAUUUAGAAGAUUGCGUACGUACGGACGAGGGAUCCAACGAGGACGAUGACGACUUCAUGGAUAGACUUCGAGGGUACUUCACGAAAACUUGGGGACGGGUUCAUCGAAUAUACGGGCCUCCGUACAAGCGAACGACAGUAUGUGGAGUAUUGGCGUGUAUCCUGCACUUUCCCGGAUUCGUUUGGCUCGCCUUAUGGAGUACACACGUGCUCGAGGAGCUAGAAAGGGACGCCGUCGACAGGAACGACACGUGCAACGUGAACUUCCAGAACGUGGCAUUAGGUUUUUUGCGAGAUUGCGACCAGGUGAACGAGGAUCGUUUCGGCCUGCUAUUGUUGGUAUCGCUGGGCUACGUGUUAGGAGAGUUGUUGCUCAUUAUCGGAAUCGACAUCGUUGGCAGGAAACCGUACCUAAUAUUUUCCGGAAUCGCGGGCGGCGUGGCCUCGCUCGCGUUUAUUUUCCAAAUGCACCACGCAAUUCGUGUGGUCCUCUCGUCGAUUUUCCUGGCUGCUUACGCUAUCGGACGCACAACGACGUGCGUUUUACUACUGGAGAAUUAUCCCACCGCUCUGAGAGGCACGAUGAUGGGUCUGACAAAAAUACUUCCCCAUUUGGCGGUCUCCGCGACGCUGCUCUUCCCGAGGACAACUUGCCUGCUAACGACGAUCGUCGCGUCUGUUUCUCUGAUGGGUGCAGCCCUCGUGAUGUUACCGGUGCUCGAUUUAACCCGGUUACCGAUGAAGGAAUGAUCCACG